CUUUCUACUCGAGUCUCUUAUUAAUAUAUCCGCAAACAUGUCACUUUUAGGCCGAUUGACGAGAUCAAGGCCAGCAGCCUUCGCCAAAUUCACAGCUGCCGCAUCGCUCACUGCGGUCGGGGCCUGGCAGCUCUGGACAAGCGAUUGCUACUUCGAGCCGUUUGGACCCGAAAAUGAUCACUUAUUUCAGAGCGAGACCUUCAAGAAGUUCAACCCCGGAAAACACCCUUCGCUGAACGAUUCAUGUGUGCGAAAAGUCCCUCUGUCUCAGAUCCAACCGGAGUUGGUCAACGACGCCAUCGGAGGCGGCUCGAAACUGCUCGAGAGAUUCUGUGCCGGCAUGUGGGGUGGCUAUGGAUUUUCAAUUCAGCGGAACAUUCUGACCCGAAUUGCGAGAAAUGAUACGAACAAGGGAUCGGCGUUGUGGGAGAAAGAUCAGCUACUGAGUAGUACUUACGAGCCAGGAACAAAUGUGACGGACCACUUCCUCAUCCUCGCGAAGUCUCCCAAGUCUAUCGUGAUGUGGGGUGCUGAGUCCCCCUCCGAUGACCCGGGGGUCCGCCGUCCGAUGGAGAAUAUAGCGGAGCUCACGGCUGAACUCGACCUGGACCGGGGAGUGGUAGAAUUCAGGUAUAAGAACAUCUUCUACAAUGGUGUGGAGCGAACGUCCAAGGCUCUCUUCCCGCCGCCGAUUGUGUGGUUGCAUUUUCAGUACUGCAAACUACUGGUCAAGUCUGGCGUGAGCCAUUGCAUGGUCUAGAUGCUUUCUGAAUAUCUGUAAUUUGAGAGGGGGAUCCUUGUAUCGUUAGUGUAGAGUAUCUGGCCAAGGCUGUAUUAUA